GGUCCUCUCGGGCUGAUUUGAAGAUGCCUGCCGGUGUAUCUUGGCCUCGGUACCUGCGGAUGUUUGGUGCCGGUGUACUAUCCAUGUUCGCCGGAACAGAGGUUAUCCAUCAUUACUACAGACCCAAUCAGACUUUUCCAGAAAUCCCUCCCAAACCUGGCGAGUUGAGGACAGAACUGCUGGGCAGAGAAGAGGCUGCUGCGGCUGAACAGAGACAGUGACCCUUUCGGGGGACGUGUUUUUUCAUACAGUAUCUUGCUCCAGAGCAAUCCAUGUACAUAUUGUACAUGCUCAAACCACAACAAAGGAGACAAUUAUGAAUAGAAAAUAGGAUGUGCAUGUGCGUGUGUAUCACAUAUGUAAUGGCAUAUGACAUUUGGCGUAAAUGUACCUGUGCCAAUACUAUUCAAAGUUGCAUCAGGCAAUGAUGGGUUCACAUGGCUGGUUGGAGCCUCUCAUUGAGCUCAGGAGCCUCUCAUUGUGUUUUUUUGGAGCCAUACACCAUGACAGCGCAAUACACAAGGGGUGGAACAGUGGCAAAGGUACCCACAGGACAAACAGAAUAAUAUUAGUCUGAGGAGAGAUUAAAUAGCAUUAAUACAACACAAAUAAUUCAAAACCCCCCUUUAGUUUAUUAUUCUAAUAGAGGGCACAAAUUCUAAUACUUGUCCACUAAUUGCCAAUAAUUGGACAAAGGAUCAUAAAUUUGUAUAAAUGUAGCCAUGAAUAACUUAUGAGGUGUUGAGGAUAGGACUACUUGCAGAGUAGGUGCCCCUUUACUUGUACUUGAUGUGAGAGACAUAAAAGUGAUCUUCAGUUUAGACCAUGUCUUCUGAUGGGAUCACUCCUGCCUUGAUACAUGCUCUGUGAAGGAUGUCAGCUAUAGAUACUGCACAGACUAGUAUGAAUUUGUCACAAACUGUAUGUGUGUAUGUAAAAUUCAGUGUUCUUUUUUUUUAAAUCAGCGGAUGUGAACACAUGUUUUUUUGUGUUUUUGCUUUAAUAGAUGAUAUAAGAAAAAAAUCAGGUCCACACACGUAAGGAUUCUGAGAAAGGGCGUCAUUCACCAAAUAUAUUUCAAAAUGUGAGCUUCAUUAUUUAUUAAUAAAAAAGUAUUCUUGUUAUCAUCAUUCUGAUCAGAGCACAAGAAGAGCAGCUGCCACAUGAUAGAAAUAUAAUUAAUUAUAUAUCUGUGUCCGUGACCACCUGGCGUAUCCAUAACAAUCAAUGUAGCUAGCUAAAUAUUAUUUUCACACCGCAAGUAUGGCAAUAUCUAGGAGAACUCGUGGAGACAAGCAUGCUCGUCUUUUACAGACCAGUUUAGACUUAUUUUAAAUGAUUUUCUAACAUUUUCUUCCUAUCAUGUUUGCUGGUUUAAAGUACAAAAAAAAAGUAAGCUAGCCUGCUGCUGCUAACGCUAACUGCACUGAUGGCUUGACUGACUAAGGCUGGAGAGCGGGACUUCAAAACAAAAUACACUAGCAUCCUCUUUGGCAACAUUAGUUAAUGAAUUCACCCCCCAAAUCAUGUUUUUUCUUUCACCUUCUUGUGUUUUGUACUCUUCUUAUACUGCAGUGUUGUUUUUCACCCAGGAUUUACUAGUUUGAUGAAUAGAAGGGAUGAAGGAUACGAGUAUGACUUUGUGGAAUAUUGACACAUGACAUACACUACUGGGCCAAAGUUUUAGAACACCUACUCAUUCAAUAGUUUCUUUAUUUUUUACUAUUUUCUACA